AUGGGUAGACGUUGGGUUAGGAUUCCGUCUCUGUCAUCUUUCGCACGCUAUGAAACUUUCCUCUUUUCACACGUAUCUUCUUUUCAGAUGCCUCCUCGAAGAAAUGUGAACAACAACGACGUCCCUAUUGAGACUCUGAUUGCUAAUGCUGUCAAUACAGCUGUUGCGGGUUUAGUUCCCAACCUUCUACAACAGUUGCAGCAGAACAACAAUAAUGUACAACCACCCGGGGGAAAUAACAAUGGUAACAAUAACGCUCCUGUUACUAUCCUUGAUUGGCUUGAGCGCUUCAGAAAGGAAAAGCCAAAAUCGUUUAGUACCGCUGCUACACCAGUUGAGGCGGAAAACUGGAUUGCUCAUAUCGAGAAGUUGUUCGAAGUGAUGGGCGUGGGUGAUGCGUUCAAAGUUAGGCUUGCUAGUUAUAAACUGGAGGACGAUGCUCAUAGGUGGUGGAAGACCUUGAAAGAAGCUCGUGGAGGAGAUCAGUAUGCAGCAACACUUCCUUGGGCUGAAUUUCGCACUUUGUUUUAUCAGCAGUACUUCACUAACGUUGAUAGGAGUGAGUAUCUGAGAGAGUAUGCUUCUAUCAGGCAGGGGGAUGAUGAGCCUAUUAUGGAGUUCAAAGCUCGUUUUAGUCGUUUGGUUAAUUUUGUGGGCCCGGCAGCAGGUACACCACAGCAGCAGACUGAGAAUUUCAAAUGGGCUGUAUGUGAUCGAGAUAGGAAGUUCAUCCUGAAUCUUCGUUUCACUGACAUUACUGAGGUAGUCGAUGCGGUAAAGAAUUUGAAUAAUGAGAAGAAGCAACGUGAGAAGGAUCGCAAACGCUCUAGGGAGAACGACCAGGAUAAUUCCGAUAAUCAGGGUGGCAAUGAGCAAUCCCAAGACCGUGAGGACCGUUCUGAUAGGUACUACAACAAUAAGUCGCGAAGUGGAAGAAACCGUUAUCAGAAUCGUAGGCCUGCACAGAAUCAGAUGCAACAGAGCGAUGCCCCUGGAGCACAGCUACAUAAUCAGCAAAACCCGAAUCAGAAUCGUGCUGAUAUCCCUCCUUGUACUCAUUGUGGGAAACGUCAUGGUGGAGCAUGUCGCCUUGCUGAAGGUCGUUGUUUCAGAUGUGGAGAUGCAAACCAUUUGAUUAGGGACUGUACUCGCCUGAGCAGCGAGCUAAUACUGGUGAAAACACUAAAACUACUAGGGGAGGUUGAGUUUUCGCACUCGUAG